AUGACAAGGGAAGGGAAUGCUACUCUGAACUUUAUCCCAGAAUUUGCAUGUUACAAUACAACGUUUGAUCUUAGCAACAUAAUCUGGAGGAGUGAUAAUGUCAUUUCAGAACGUGUUCCUCUUCUGUCUAUUCAAAUUGCCUACAAUAUCCUUGCAUCUAGUUUUUUUCACCACAUCCUCAAGCAAUUCCACCUACCUCUUACGGUUGCCCAGAUGCUUGGUGGUGUGCUUUUGAGUUCAUCAUUUUUGGGAAGAAUCCCUGGAGUUUUUCACAUGAUUUACCGUCCGGAAGGAAUCAUGAGUGUUGAAACCUUUGCGAAUGUUGGAAUCAUGUACUAUGUGUUCCUUACUGGGUUGGAAAUGAACUGCGACACCAUCUUGAGAUCAAGCAAGCAGGCUGUAGUCAUUGCUGUUGCAAGCAUUCUUAUUCCAGCAUUGGUUGGAGCUGGUUUUCUUGCUCUACAGCAUGACUUAGCAGGCGGAUCAAGCGUUGCGCUCACUGCUAAAGGGUAUAUGUUUUGGUGUGCAAUUCUUUCUGUCACCAGUUUUCCAGUCCUUGCAAGGCUCCUAUCAGAUCUCAAGAUCCUCUACACAAGGCUUGGAAAAGAUGCCUUAACAGCAGCCAUUCUAAUUGAUGCAUUUGGCUGGGUUUUGUUCUCACUCUUCAUUCCCUUUUCCCACGCGGGUGGAAAACCACUCCUCUCACUAAUAUGCACAUUGCUGUUCAUUGCCUUCUGCUUCUGCGUGGUGCGUCCAAUUCUGGCUCGAGUGGUUGAACACAGAAUGAGGUCUGAGUCAUGGAACUCCUCAAAGUUGCUGGAUGUGAUGAUGGGACUUUUUAUUUGUGCGUACAUCACAGACUUGCUUGGAUCACACCAUGUUGUUGGGGCCUUUGUGUAUGGACUAAUUUUGCCCAGUGGGAAGUUUGCUGAUUUAUUGUUGGAAAUGUUGGAUGAUUUUGUUACUGCAAUUAUUGUUCCUGUCUACUUUGCAAGUUUUGGCUUUAGACUAAACCUGGAGUCACUUUGGUCUGAAAACCACUCAGUGUUGCUUCCUCUCUUCAUGGUGUUCUUGUUAGCCAUACCAAAAAUUUUGAGCUCUUUGCUGGUCACUGUCUACUAUGGUAUGUCUUCAAGAGAUGGAGUUGGCCUUGGAUUGCUCCUCAACACCAAGGGCAUCAUGGCAGUGAUUCUUAUAAGCAUUGCCUGGGACAAAAGUAUUUUGGACCCAUAUGCUUUCACAAUCAUGAUCCUUGCAGUACUAUUCAUGACUACGGUGGUAUCUCCCUUUAUUAAUGCCAUCUACAAGCCGAAACUUCGGUUCAAGCAGACCCAGCAAAGGACUGUGCAGAAACUAUGGUGCGAAGCAGAACUUCGAGUUGCAGCUUGUGUCCACAACUCUCACCAAGCCCUUGGCAUGAUCUAUGUUCUUGAAGCCAUAAAUGCCACCAGAACUUCCCCUUUACAUGUCUCAGUCCUUCACCUUGUGGAACUCACAAGACGAGGCACUGGCCUUCUUGUGGCACAAAUCGACAACUCAAAUGUUCAAGGGGGAUCCUCAGAGCAGUAUGGAUCACAAGAAGAGUUUGAGACCAUAUACAAUGCAUUCAACGAGUUUGUGGAGGUAUACAAAGCUGUGAGAUUUGACACAUCAGGCAUUGUUGCAACCUAUGAGACAAUCCAUCAGGAUAUAUACAAUGUCACAGAAGAGAAACGAGCAAACCUUAUUCUCCUACCAUUCCACAAAGAACUAAGCUCGGGAGAGUUAGAAACAACCAAAACAGCAUUCUGUGACAUAAACCAGAACGUGUUGCAGGCACCACCUUGUUCUGUGGGAAUCCUUGUCAACCGUGGACUGAGGUCAUUGUCCACUGCAACAAUGAGCAUCAUUGUGAUAUUCAUCGGAGGGCCUGAUGAUCGGGAAGCCUUGUCGAUCGCAUGGAGAAUGGCAUCACAUUCAGCCACAAAGUUGCAUGUAGUUAGGCUUCUGGUGUCAGGUACUGAGGUUGCAGAAGGAAAAGCAUUCCAGAAUGAUUCCAGUGGAGUGUUAUCUACAGAGAUGGACAGUGUUAUGCAGAAAGAGCUAGAUGAUGAACACAUAUUUCACUUCAGGCACAAAGGGUUGCACAACAGUGACGCCAUCACAUACUCAGAGAGCGAACUGAGGUUAGAAACUGGUGAGGAGAUUCCUUUGGUCCUCCAUGAGAUAGACCAAAAAGGGUGUGACUUGUACAUUUUGGGACAAGGUAGUGGCAAUAACUACACAGUUUUUAAAAGGUUGUUGGAAUGGUGUGACAGCCCUGAACUUGGGGUCAUGGGGGACAUUGUAGCUUCAGCCAGUUUUGGCACAAACUCAUCACUGCUUGUUGUGCAGCAAUACACCAUGGAGAGAAAGUCUAAACUUCAUUGUAGCAGAAAACAUCACACUAGUAAGGUCUGUGAUGAAAUUUUGUGA